AUGACGGGGGACAAUGUCGGGUCCGAGAGGACGCCUCUUCUAUCCUCUUCUUCAACCAACAACGCCGCCUUUAGCACCACACAAGAGCCAUCAUCACGAGACUCACCGUCGUCGCCCGGCCCCCUGAAACCAAAACAAGACGAGGGCAUCUCUUCUCUACGCGGCUUCCUCAUCUGCAUCUCCGUUUGGGUCCUCAUCUUCAUCCUGACCAACAAUGUCUCGCUCAUCACCACCAUCCAGUCGCCCAUCGCCAUGGAGCUCCGCGUCUCCAGCGAAGUCAGCUGGUUCACGUCCGCCUACCUGAUCGCCGUCACGAGCAUCACCCCGGUCGCGGGCCGACUGUGCACCAUCUUUAGCCCUAGAGUCUAUCUGCUCGCCUCGAUCAUGGUGCAGUCGUGCGGCCUCCUGGUCACCUCGCGUGCGAAAUCACUGGCCGUGUUCCUCGCCGGUCGUGCCGUGACGGGGAUUGGCAGCGCGGCCGUCACGCCCGUGGCUUUCAUUUUGGUGACGGAGCUGACGAGCCCGCGACGGAGAGGCCUCUUCUUUGGCUGCAUCAACACCGGCUACACGACGGGGGUGGCCUGUGGAGCCAUCAUUGCCGGCGCCCUCGAACCGCUGGUCGGCUGGCGUGCCGUCUUCUGGCUGCAGAUCCCCUUCGCUUUGUCGGCUGUGACGGUGGCGUUCUUCGCCAUCCCCAAGCCCAGGACAGCGUUGGCGCAGGGGUCGUCAUCCGAAUCGCUGGGCAAGAAACUCGCGCAGAUCGACUACCUGGGCGUGCUCAGCAUCAUCGCCGCCGUCGUGCUUCUGCUGUACAGCCUCUCGUCUCCGCACAUUCAAAUCACGCCCAUCAUCCUCUCAUUCGCGUCAUUCGUCCUCUUCCUCCUCGUCGAGUCGACCUGGGCAAGCCAGCCCAUCGUGCCGAUGUCCGUGCUGCGUUCGCGGGGAAAUAUCCUGACGGGGAUCGCCACCGUCGGUGUCAUGACGGCGCGCUGGGGCGUAUUGUUCUACACGCCGACCUACGUGCUCACGCUGCGAGAUUGGCCACAGACAAAAGCCGGCCUGACGCUCAUCCCGACGAACCUGGGCUUCGGGCUCGGCGGCCUGCUUGCGGGGUGGCUGCACAUAAGGCGCACGGGGUCCUUCUACCUCGCGUGCAUCGUCACCUUUGUGCUCUUCUCCUUAUCCAUGUUCGCCGUCGGUUGGAUCUCGACGCCCACCUCCAACAUCUACCUGUACAUCCUCGUGCUCUUCCUGAACGGCUUCAUCGUCGGCUCCCUCCUGAACUACAGCCUCGCGCACGUCCUGCACCUGACCCACCCGACCACGCACGUCAUCGUGAUCCCCCUGAACGCCAUGUUCCGCAGCCUGUCAGGCUCGUUUGGGUCGUCCGUGACGGGUGGCCUGUUUCUGCGCACGCUGCAGCAGUCCCUGACACGGGGGUUCGCGGACCGGGGACUCGACCUCGCGCAGAAAGCCGAGCUGAUCAGAAAGCUGGUCGGCACGCCGAUCCUGGUCCAAAGACUCACCGGCGUCGACAGGGAGGUCGCCCUCGCGGGUUAUGAGACCGCCCUGCGCUCCAUCUACAUGGCCGGCGGGGUCUGGGCGAUAUUCAUGCUCCUGGUCCAGGCCGGGACCGGGUGGACUGCCCCCGAGGUGGUCAAGGACGAAGAGGGUGCCCUCGGAGAAGAGAGCAGAGAAGGCCGUGAACGCCUGUCGCCUGUCGUGUCGAGGGAGCCGGUGGCAACGUAG